GCGGAAAUAGACGUUUUUACAAAGUCACGAUGAUUUGACAAUACAGCCCUGAAGGCAGGUUCUUAAUGGUCGCGUUUUACUUUAGUUACUCUACAGCAGAGGCACAUGUCAAUCAUUAUGAUGUCAUUGUCGUUUUAAAGUAGCUGUCAAACUAAAACAUAACCAGUUAGUCCAGCUCGCACCCGUCCUUCCAGUCGCUCCGCUAUUACAGUCUGGACGUUUUAUCAUGUGGGUUUUCGGUUAUGGGUCUCUCAUAUGGAAAGUGGAUUUUCCUUAUGAGGAAAAAAGAAUAGGAUACAUUAAAGGGUUCAGCCGUCGGUUUUGGCAGGGCAGUACCGACCACCGAGGAGUACCGGGGAAGCCUGGCCGGGUCGUGACACUGGUGGAGGACCCUGAGGGGUGCGUUUGGGGUGUUGCCUACAAGCUGCCGACAGGCCGGGAGCAGGAAGUGAAGGACUACCUCGACCACCGAGAAAAAGGUGGCUAUCAGGUCAUCACAGUGACCUUUCACCCCCGUCCACCGCUCACUCCACCGCCCAACCAGACGCUGCUCUACAUUGGCUCUCAGGACAAUCCAAACUACCUCGGCCCCGCCCCUCUGGAGGAGAUAGCCAACCAGAUCAUCAGCUCUACUGGUCCAAGCGGGCAAAACAUAGAGUACCUGUUUCAGCUGGCUGAUGCUGUGAGGAAAAUUCUGCCGGAGGACUCAGACACACACCUGUUUUCUCUAGAAACUUUGGUGAAGGAAAUACUGCGAAUGGGUAGAAACACUGACACACUCAAACAGGUUGAUUGUAAUUUUAAAAAAUAAAACCUGAUCAAAGAGGCUGCAUUUGUUAAAUGAUCUCAGGGUUUAAGGUACACAUGGGGCCAGUUAGGAUUUUUGUCACGCACAGUAGAUAUGUUGGCAAGGUUUGUUUUUAUCCGUCCUGUAGGAACUAUUGUCUUCCUACCUGACUGCCCUGCAUCACCGCACAGAGAGGAAAAAUGCACCUGCUCAUAGGUGAGAGGCUCGUGCUCAUGACAGGGGAUGUAAACUUUAAACGUGGCUUCAUCAGCUCAGCUGUGACCUAAGCUAGCGUAAUUAACAUAGUUAGCUAGCCUCCCAGCCACGAUUAGAUGCACUCUUCCUUCUGCGUGGUGAUUCGUAAAGAAAAUAGUUCCUACACAAAACAGCUGGUCUGUGGAUCAUCGAGUAAGUGGGUCAUUAUUUCUGCAAAAAAAGACAUCGCUCUUGAGUUUUUCGGCACUUUGAGCACCACAAAUGAAGUGUUAUACUUGAAAGAGGGCAGACAUCUCUUCAGACUAAAUAGUACUGUACGUUUGAGAAAAGAUGUGUAUGUAUUAUUGAUUUUUGUCCCUGAAAAAGACAUCAUUGUAACUGUUUCUGAAGAUGCUCCUUUGGUACAUGAUCUCCCAUCUCUUCCUGAUAUAAAAACCGAAUUUCAAGACCAGAAUCAUCAUCAUCAUGCUUCUGUAAACACACUAUCGCCCAGUGUACAACUGCACAAGUACACCACAUGGCUUAGACUGAACCUAUCAGCUCUGCUUUUCCCUCAUUCUGCCGGCAUAUGUGUCUCAGCACAGUGAACGUAUCAAAGACUGCAUCCGAAAAAAAAAUAAUGCAGAAUAAAAAUGGUGACAGCUC